AUGAAUCGUUUAGGAAUGAUAGUGGAUUUAUCGAAAUCAUCUGUAAAGACAAUGAAAGACGUGCUGGCAAUAACAGAAGCACCAGUAAUUUUCUCACAUUCCUCCGCAUAUGAGCUGUGCAAUUCGAGUCGUAACGUACAAGAUGAAAUAUUAAGGGAAGUGACAAAGAAUCGUGGUCUUGUGAUGGUCAACUUUUAUAAUAAAUUUCUCAGUUGUAGUGAGAAUGCAACCGUUCAUGAUGCAGUCGCACACAUUAAUCACAUCAAAAACAUCGCUGGGAUCGAUUGCAUUGGUCUCGGAUCGGGAUUUGAUGGUAUCAAUUACACACCAAAAGGCAUAGAGGAUGUUAGUGCUUAUCCAUAUUUAUUUGCUGAGCUUUUGGGACAUGGAUGGACAGUUGAGGAAUUAACUAAAUUAGCUGGUGCUAACUUGCUCCGUGUUAUGAGUGAGGUCGAGCGAGUUCGAGAUAUGAAGCUGAUGAACAAUGAAAAGCCAUUUGAGGACAUACCAAACUUUCGAUUGCCACUACAGACAUCAGAUGAAUUGUUUAAUUGUAGCAAUAAUAGUUUGUAAAAUUGUUUCAUCUUUCCGUACACAUCUACAAUAAAAGCUGUUCUGUUUUGUGGAAGGUCUCCAAAAAUUACUCUACAACAAGUGAAGCUUUAAUGGCAAGAACAAUCGUUAAA